CUGGUCUCUGAGCUCCUUCUCUGUGCUCACCAAGCAGCGCGUGGAUCAUCUGGUUGCUGAAGAACCAGCACUUCUUUCUUUCUUUGUUUUAUCAUUUAAAGUUUGUAGAAACAAACUUCGGAGCUGAAAAUAUCACCCAGAGUUUCUGUUUCAUCUGUCAUCUGGAAAGAAGCAACAGCGCGUUGAAUUUCUCUGUGAGCGACGUUUAAAAGGCGACAUGUCGACUGGAGGCAAAGCGGUGAAAAGCUGCCCCAUCCCCACCAGGGUGCUGACCCUGAAGGACUGGUCCCAGCUGCCCGACUGCUACAGCCAGACCCCCGGGGGGACUCUGUUCUCCACCACGCCUGGAGGAACUCGCAUCAUCUACGACAGGAAGUUCCUCUUGGACUGUCGGAACUCCCCCCUCGCCAGGACGCCGCCGUGCUGUCUGCCGCAGAUCCCAGGAGUGACGAUACCGGCCACACACGCGCACCACACGGGGAAGCUGCAGGACCUCAAGGAGGAGGCAGAGGAGGAUAUCGGAGACGACAGCCAGUUUGAGAUGGACAUCUGAGCCAACUGCAUCACCUCCUAUGGAGUGUUAUGUCAAAACGCAUAAAA